UUUCCUGCCUGAAGGUCAAAACCGCCCAUUUUAGAACCAGUUUUUCUCCAAACCCUGUCCAGCAGUCAUGAGAAACUGAAUUAUUUGAAAAAACAAGAUUAGGAUCCUCUAACUACUUUUUUUUUUCGGUUCCUCUUUCAACUCUGUGCUCUAAUCUCAUCACUGAAUGUCACCUUUUUGGCCAAACAGAACACGUUUGUUAUAUAUGCAUACUGUUUGCUAUGCCUAGGUGUUACAAGUGACAAAUAAUAAUAAACAAAAACGAUUUUUUUUUUUCAUUAGAAUUUAAAUAGACAACACAUCUAUUUGGUAGGCUAUACAGCAUAUAAUUGAAACUUUGGCUAUUAUUCUAUUCGAAAGCACAAUUCGGUCCUCUUUCUGUUUCUCUGUUUUUCCGUUUGUAUAACGUUUCACAUGGUCCCUAGAAGGCCUGUUGUGAUUGCAACACAUUGUAGUGACACCUGAAUGAACUUGAGGCGAGGGGUGGCUCCUGCGGGGCUUCAAACGGCUGGUUGAUUCCAAUGGCUGAUUCCUUAAAUCCUGCUUCUGGUUUCCCAAAGCCCACCAGAUGAACCCGUUCAUUUUACUUCUGACUUCGAAUCAACACUGAGACACCUUCCUCCUCUGACAGCACCCCAGAACUGUAUCGAGAAAGGUAAUGGUGGGGAUCACGUGACUCUGAAGGGGCUGCGCCGGUGAAGUCUUCCAGUUGUUAACGAUCUGCAAGAUGCCGCAUACUAGUCUCUUCCCCUCCGUGUUGGCUGGCUGCCAGUACCGGUAGACGACCACCACAAACGAAAAUAAGCAGGAGGAGGAUCAGCUAGCCAUGGGGAAGGACGCGGAGCCCCCGCCGGAGCCCUCCGCUACCCUGCGGCCCCAGGAGCCCCAGGAGCCCCCCAAGGAGAGUAUGCAGCUGAAAAAAGACAUCUCCCUGCUCAACGGCGUCAGCCUCAUCGUGGGCAACAUGAUCGGCUCGGGCAUCUUCGUGUCCCCCAAGGGCGUGCUGAUCUACAGCUCGUCGUACGGCCUCUCCCUGGUCAUCUGGGCCAUGGGCGGCCUGUUCUCCGUGGUGGGAGCCCUCUGCUACGCCGAGCUGGGCACCACCAUCACCAAGUCGGGCGCGUCCUACGCCUACAUCCUGGAGGCCUUCGGCGGCUUCGUGGCCUUCAUCCGUCUGUGGACGUCGCUGCUCAUCAUCGAGCCCACCAGCCAGGCCGUCAUCGCCAUCACCUUCGCCAACUACCUGGUGCAGCCGCUGUUCCCCACCUGCGAGCCGCCCUACGCUGCCUCGAGGCUCAUCGCGGCCGCGUGCAUCUGCUUACUGACCUUCAUCAACGCAGCGUACGUGAAGUGGGGCACUCGGGUACAGGACAUCUUCACCUAUGCUAAGGUGGCAGCCCUCAUUCUCAUCAUCAUCACUGGCAUCGUCAAGUUGGGCCAGGGUUACACGGCCAACUUUGAGUCCUCCUUCGAGGGUUCCUCCAAAGACCCAGGCGAUAUCGCCCUGGCCCUCUACUCUGCCCUGUUCUCCUACUCGGGCUGGGACACCCUCAACUUUGUGACCGAGGAGAUCAAGAACCCUGAAAGGAAUCUGCCCCUGGCAAUCGCCAUCUCCAUGCCUAUAGUCACCGUCAUCUAUAUCCUGACCAACAUAGCUUAUUACGCUGUUCUGGACAUGAGCGCUAUACUGGCUAGUGAUGCUGUGGCUGUGACGUUUGCCGACCAAACUCUAGGGGUGAUGAGCUGGAUCAUCCCCAUUGCUGUAGCCCUGUCCUGCUACGGAGGUCUCAACGCCUCUAUCAUCGCUGCCUCCAGGUUGUUCUUUGUGGGGGCGCGUGAGGGCCACCUGCCUGACGCUCUGUCCAUGAUCCACGUGGAGAGAUUCACUCCCGUCCCCGCGCUGCUCUUCAAUUGUGUCAUGGCGCUGGUCUACCUGACGGUGAAGGACGUGUUUCAGCUCAUCAACUACUACAGCUUCAGCUACUGGUUCUUCAUGGGCUUGUCCAUCGCGGGGCAGCUCUACCUCCGCUGGAAGGAGCCUGACAGGCCCCGGCCGCUCAAGUUGUCCUUGCUGUACCCGGUUGUGUUCUGUAUGUGCUCAGUCUUCCUGGUGGCGGUUCCGCUCUACUGUGACACCAUCAAUUCUUUGAUUGGCAUUGGGAUCGCCCUAUCGGGAGUGCCCGUCUACUUUAUAGGGAUCCACCUGCCUGCAUCCAAACGUCCGGCCUUCAUCAGCAAACUGCUGCACUCGGUCACCCAUUUCACCCAAUAUUCAUGUUUCUGUGUGCUCACAGAGCUGGACAAAACUGAUUAGCGCCUAUACAUUUCAUACACUGUAAAACUACUUGACCACGUCACUGUACUACAUUUACCGCCUCUGGCAUCAGAGAUGAACAACCAAAAGGGGAGAAGUUACUACUAUACUUAUUUUCUGUCAACUAUGCUGAAUUCUUCGUAAUUGAUUAAAUGGAUGUUUACAAAUGAUACAGUACAAUUGUGUACACUCCUUUUUAUUAUGUGGCUAUCUUAUUAUCCCAUUAUAGUAAUAUAACAAUGACAAUUUUAAAUGUUAGAUAUUUUUUGUAUUACAUCUGCUGAAGAAUAUGCAUUUGACUCGUGUAUGCCACUCGUGGCCUGUUCAGUGCUAUUGAAUCAUGACAAAUAUGAUCAAGGGUCGGGCAACAACUCAAUUAUAUAUACAUUUUUUUGGAAAUGUAUGCAUUUGACUUUACAAUCGAGACAAUUUCGAUUUUAGAUAGUGUGCAUCAUGUGUGGUGUAUGAAUAGGUUGAGAUGGAAUGCACGUUUAUCAGAUAAAGUAAUUCAUUGAAAAGGGUUCAGGAUGCUAUUUUCGGCUUCCUAGACAAAUGAAGGACAGGAUGAAUGGAUAUUAACAUUGAUUCCAGCUAUGUAAUAUAGGCAAAAUGUUCUCCAGCUGUUCUUACCCUUCUGAAAUUUGUUCUUUGUACCAUUUUUAAAACGUUAAAUAUUUAAGUUAAUAUAAAAGGGAUUUGUGAUUCAUAAAUCACCUUGGUUUACUCAGGCACCAACCACACCGAUAUAUUUAGCAUACUUUCAAUACUGCAAUUUUGUUUGGCUUCACUCUUUGUAAUCUACUAAAAUUGUAUGUAAGCAAAUGCAAUUAAACCAACUUUAAUCCAUCCUUGUUUGGAUCAUUAUUA